AUGGCGAACCUAUCUUUCAACCAGGCUGUCAAAGGAAUAACGGAAUUCAUCGAGGUUGCGAUACAUACUAUCCUCUACGUCAGGCAGGUCUAUCCAGCAGACCUCUUUAUUCAAAGGAAGAAGUACAACACGCCGGUAUACCAAUCCCGCCACCCGGACCUCAAUGAAUAUAUAUCUGGAGCCGUGAAAGCUAUCGGCGAAGAGCUCGUGCUGGGCAGCGUUGAUAAAGUCGUGGUCGUGAUCAAAGACAAGGAUGACAUCCCCCUAGAGCGAUUCAUAUUCGCCGUCGAGAACAUGCUGCAAGUGGAAGCUUAUGAUAAGGAUUCCAUGGUUGAGGACGCCAUGACCAUGACCACUCUGGGGCAAUACUUCCGAUCCUUUCUGGUCAAGCUCAGUAUGAUAGAGAGCCAAUUAGGCCCUAUGACUGCUAGUGGGGAUAUCUCGUUCUGCAUUGUGAUUGAGUUACAGGACGGUAAGAAGCCUACGGCUGGACAGGGUUCGUCAUGGUUGCCCGCGGUAAUAGCUCAUACGACGGAAGAAGCGUCCGAUGAAGCAGAAUUACAUUUUCUCAGGGCUGUUGACACUGGUAUAAUCAACCUAUCUCUUGCUGUUCAAGAGUCGGAAGAGAAGCUACGGCGAGAAGGUCUUCUGCCGGAACGCGGUAAAGGAAAGACAAAGGCCCCCGAAGAAUGGUAUCCGGAUACUUUCGAAGUGUCGCAAGAAAUAUGA